AUGGCACCGCUGAAGAACCUGGCAUACAAGACGGUGCGUGGCGGGGCAUGGGGAAAAACCUCCUCGCGUCUCAUUAUCACCCAUGGACUACUUGGAAGCAGCUCCAACUGGGCGACGGUGUCACGUCAUCUGGCGGACCACGACCUCCUACGUUCCAAGCUACACGAGAUUAACAUGCUUGACAUGCGUAAUCACGGCGGCAGUCCCCACGUCUCACCGCACACAAACGCCGUGCUGGCAUCCGAUAUCGAGGUGUUCGCCCUGCAGCAACAGGGAGUUCAUCCGGCCCAUGAUGAUGGGGGCAUAGUGUUGAUCGGCCACAGUAUGGGGGGCCUGGCGACGAUGGCAGCCCUACUUCGCCGCGAAAACGAGCCUUCGCUGCUGUUGCCAAGUCCUGAGGAACUUCAGAUGCGCUUUACCCGUGGGGAUUACUACGGAUGGAAAGACGAGCAAGGCUUUGCUCAGGAAAUGCGUGUUGUCAACGAGUGUAUGGGCUUCCCUGCUCAUCAACCACUGGAUGUUUUCUCCAGCUGUAGAAAAAGUCCUUCCGCUGAAACAUCGCCACGUCAUUCGUCGGGGCAACAGCAAAAACGGGCUCUGCGUGUCAAGGCUGCCGUCAUUGUGGAUAUUACUCCGAUGAACCGUAUUGGAUCCACAGAUAGCAACUCACAACGUGUGGCCGCGACGCUUGAUGCGAUUGCGAGGGCUGAUUUAUCACGCAUGUGUAACUUUACUGAAGGCCAAAAGGAACUUGAACGGGCUGGUGUGCGUGAAGAGGCUAUGCGGGCCUUUCUCCUAACGAACCUGGUUCUGGACCACAAGACAGGAAAGUCGAGAUGGCGCUGCAAUAUGCCGGUACUUCGUGCCGAUUACGGUCAGUUGGGGUUAGGCCUGCUUGACUGGUACCUUAACGCCCCUGUUGAGGGUCGCAGUUCUGAUAACAGAAUGGUAGCCCCGGCCCGAUGCGCCCUUCCAACGCUUUUUGUAUUUGGAACGCAGUCGCCGUAUAACCGCGAAGAGGACCGUCAUUUACUUGAUCGCUUCUUCUCAAAUGUGACGCAAGCGGAGGUGCAAGGUGGUCACUUUGUCCACUAUGAAAAUAUUAAAGGGUUCGUUGAUACUGUGGCGCCCUUUCUUGCGGAGCACCUUUGA